CCUCCAGUCUUAUACUACCCCGUUACUCAUUUUACACUCGACAAAGUAUCAAGAAUCACUUCUCUGAAAUCAGGAUGGAUCAACAGCUCGAUGUUUCCAAGCUCAGCGAUGCCGACAAGAAAGAAUUGAACCAGAUUUUAACCAACGAGGCUCAGAAGUCGAACAUACAACAGACCGUGCAUCACCUCGCCGACGUUUGCUGGAAGAAAUGUAUCACUGGGAAGAUUUCGUCCGGUCGCUUGGAUCAAUCUGAAGAGGCUUGUGCCCAAAACUGCGUGGAGCGGUGGAUGGAUACCAAUCUUGCUGUUUUGAAACAUCUGGAAGCUCUUCGCUCACAAUAAGCAAGUUAUGGUUCUGAUAACGGAAGCCUUGGUUCUUAGGGUGCCUUGGAAUUAUCAAUACUUCGGUGAUGGGGGUGUCAAAAGUUUGAGACGAAAGCAACCUGUGUCUUUGCUAGCAUGACAACUGAUUGGCAUUGUACUGUAUAACUAGGAAUGAUCAAUACAUUCGCUACGUAUGGAUGUGUCAUUUCGCGUUCCUUGAUCGGCGAACCCAAUG